AUGGCGCAGCAGUGGUGCUUGAAGCCAUGGGCACAGACAAGGUCGGCCAGGGAGCACGGGACAACAGAUCUUCUUACAAUACUCUUGGUCAGUAGCCCUGAUCCCUUGCUCUGCCUUCUCCUUCUCUUGCUCCUGGCCCCCCACAGCCCUGAGGGGGACUGCCCUCCUCACUUCAAAGGACGAAGGCUGGCAUUGCCUGGAUCUGAAAUACUAUCCUGGAGCCAUAAUGGAGACAACAUGCCAGGCCUGGAGGAAGUGCUGGCCCCAUCCAUGUGGAACUGAAGUGGCACAGUGUGGAGCUCCUCCUCUUCUCUGGCUCCUGUCCUCUUCUCUGGCUGGGAGGCGGACAUGCAGAUGAGAGUGGCCAGGCUGGGGCACCAGGGAACCCAGGGCCUGGCCGUGUGGUACCCCCGGGGCAGGGGCCCAGUUGGCUCUGUCCUAGAGGGUUCUGCCUGGAGGGAUGGUAUCAGGAUCCCCUUCGACUCGUCAAACCAGAAUAUCCAGCUGAGUGUCCCUCCCAGAGACCUGGAUUUGGUCUGCAUCAACGUGUGGCCCCCGUUUUGGUCCCCUGGAAGUUUCUUUGAGAUCUCCGCAGCCACCAGAACCCUGGCAGCCCCCUUUCCAAAUGACCGUGGUGUCUUGUCCUCUCUGACCUUCAGUUCGAGUGAGCCAGGUCCAGAGGCUCCACAGCAGCCCUUCCUGUAGAUGAAGCAGCUCUGCCUGGUGAGGCAGCUGGAAGGGCUACAGGUGAGGCUGGCCCUGGGUACCAGGGAAGACAUGAUUCCAAAGCUGAGCUCCAAAGAGGCCCUGCACCAGCCCCCAGGGGAAAGAAUUUUUGACCUGGAUGAGGCAUUAAACAGACACAACCAGAUCCGGCAGGGUCUCUCUGAGCAGUUGGCCAGGCAACUGGAAGAGCAGCUGGGGACCCCAGGCAAGGCCGGGCCUGAGGGAGCCUGGGGGCAGAACCACUUCUGGAAAGUGGAGGGGUUCUCAGAAGCCCCAGCAGUGGCCACUGUCUUUGGGGACAGGGACCACCCUCAGGGAGAGGAGUUGGAGAGGAGGGGGAAUCCAAAAGCCGAAAUGGGCAGGGAGAAGAGGCUUGCUUUUCUGCGGGACUCUGCCAAGGUCAGCACCCUGGGCUGUGGACAGUGGACUUCCCAACACCUGCAAGAGAUGAGGGAUGCAGCAACUCACAUGGCUUCAAGAACCCAGGUCUUCUAUGCAUCCGUGGGCAUCAAGCAUCUUUUCUUAGAGCUGGCUCACCUGAGCCUCCUGUAGAAGGACCUCCGGGACCCAAUGAAAGCAGCAGCCAAGGACCCCUACCCACCUGGCCAGCCCCCAGGGGCUUCCUUGUGCCUGCAGCCCAGCAUCUUCCUGUUCUUCCUCCUUAUCUAGACUGUAGGUUUCUUCUACUAUGCACACAGUCCAAAAAUCACUCUCUAG